AUGGACGCCGAGCACGCGGGCCCAGCGCCAACCCGGGCAUUUACUUGGAGAGAUCCUCAUCCAAUGUUUGUGAUUGUCUUGGUAGGCCAAGAAGAGAUACCUUUUGGUGUCCACAAGGACCUCGUCUGUACAAAAUCGGCAUUCUUCAGUAAGCACUUCGAAGCACAAAGCAACGAUCAACUCGAGCACAUUGUCAAGCUCCCGGAAGUCGAUCCAGAAGUCUUUGGCCUCGCCCAGAAUUUCAUGUACACACGGUCGGUUUUCGGGGAGAGUGAAACACCGCCUGGCUACGAUACCCUGAUAUCUCUUUAUGGACUUGGCAGCAAGCUAGAGGUCCACGGUAUGUGUGAGGAGACGCUCGAGGCUAUGCAGGAAUGCCGCCGGAUAACCCAGCACAUUCCCGCAACUCCGGUGCUGGUGCAGGUCUGGGAAGACACGCCAGCGGGCUCACCACUCCGCAAGCUGCUCUUACAUUGGGCAGCCGAGUACGUUCGCUCGUCAGACUCGCGGGAAGAGUUCACAAAGUCCUUGCCGCACAACGUUCUCAGCGACCUGGUGGUUGUUAUGAGCAAUCCGGACUUUGGGACGGCCAAGAACGCCUCUUCGACAUCACAUACAGGAGCUGGUUUGCCUUCACGGCGACGGCAUGGUCACGACGGGGUAGACGGAAAUAAUGAAGGCGCGGAGUGGCCCUCAAAGACACUGAAACACCGACACUCCGAUGCCGGGCAUAAGCCCGCCACUAGCAGGAAGGCGUCGAGGACAUCUUUGCCGACAGCAUUAAAGCCCGCCAAAAAGCAACGCGUCAAUAUCCAUAUCACCCCUGGUCGACCCUUUAGCGAGGAAGAGAAGCUCGUCUUCUGCGCGGACCUGAUCGGACGGAUGCUCAGCGGGCCUGGCUUCUGGACCCGCCUGGUUGGCCCUUUCAGGGAGCCAGUCAAUCCCCAGACCGAUGGCGUGCCAGACUACCUUGAAAAGAUAACACGACCAAUGGAUCUUUCCACGAUCAAGGCCAAAAUGGACCGGAAAGAGUACACCACCAGCGACGAGUUCGCCGCCGACGUGCGCCAGAUCGCGACCAAUUGCUAUGCGUACCACACAAAGGGCAAUCCGACGUGGCUCGCGUGCGAAAAGUUCGAGGACCAUUUUGAGAAGAAUUUUGCAGGAAUGGACAAGUGGCUGCUCAAGAUGGGCGGCGUGGAGGAGCCAGCCUAG